AUGUCCACUUUUUCAGUAACACCACAUUGUGGCUCACAACUUAUCACAAUAGAAGUGAAAUUCAAUCCGAAUUACUAUCCGAAUGGAAAAUUUACGGACUGGAUUGUGGUCGGCGUUUCAGGACGACCAGAAUGCCGUUUGCGAGGAAAUGGCGAAACUCAAUAUGUGAUCGAAAUCGCCGUUUUCAAUGAUCCGUGCCUUACUCAAAUGCCAGCACCUGGAGUAUUUCAAAAUCGUAUUCGAAUCGGACAAAAUCCAGCUGUAAUCCUACAGGGUGACCAAACCCUCACUGUAAAAUGUGUCUACGGUUUACCUGAAGUCGAAACACUGCCAUUGCCUUUCAUCAAUCCGAAUUUUAAUAUAGAGAGGUCUAAACAUUUAGAUUAUAAUUCUUUUCCAAUCAGAAAAAGUUGUUGUUAUACUGUUCUUGUGCUUACUGCUAAAAUAAUAGGAGAAGGAAUGUUAACGAAAACAUGUGUGCUUACAGUUUUAGGUAGAUGGCGACAACUGAUUAUACGGGAUCCGAUUUUAAGACAACAACUUUUAAUGGCGAAUAGUAUAGAAGAGCUGAAUGAAAUUUCUAAACAACCCGAAUAUCGCAAUCUUUAUACACGUGAAAAAUGGUCUCAGAUUUUACAAUGUGUACAUAAAGCGCUCAUUCAGAAAAUCGACACACCAUCCAUCGGAAAUGCAACACCGAAUUCUCAACUAAACGUCUAUAUUGGUAAUGUAGGGUCAGAUUGGUGA